CCUGCUACAGCCCAAAUUUUUAUAAAUGAAUAAAGAUAUUUAGGGUUUAAGAUUUAGCAGACGGUGGGUUUUGGGUGUUCAGGUUCAGCUUGAUUCCGCUUACAAGUUGGGAAUUAGGGUUUUAUCACGGAAUUUCCAUCGCCGACUCCCCUCACGACUAUUGCUUGUGCAACAACGAUAUCUAACGGUGCGUCCGAGAAGCAUUUCAUGGCAUAUUCCCAAGGUCGCAAUUUCUUGUUCUGCGACUUGUGUGGGAGUAUGCUAAAUUUGAAUUCAACUAAGUUUGCUCAAUGCCCUUUGUGCAAGUUAAAGCGAAAUGUGAAAGAGAUAUCCGGAAGAGAAAUAUCUUACAAAGUCACUGCUGAGGAUAUUAGAAGAGAUCUAGGCAUAUCAAUAAUUCCUGAAGAGAAGGUGCAAUUGCAAAAGACAGAUGCUAAAGCAUGUGAAAAAUGCGGCCACAACGAGCAUACAUAUUACUCCCGACAGAUGAGAUCGGCAGAUGAAGGGGCAACUACUUUCUAUGUGUGCACCAAUUGCCAGCACCAGUUUACUGAGAAUUGAUGCGUUGGAGGUUGUAAGAGAUUAUGGGAUCACAGUGUGUGCCUUGAUAGUUGACAUGUUCCUAACAAAUCUAAGAUUUAUGCCUUGUAUUGAGUGUAUAUUUAAGAUUUAUCAACUGUGCGAUCAAAGUUUUGUCAUACCGAACCAGAUUUGUCAGCUAUAAGAUUUAUGCCUUGUAUUGGCUGUUAUGUUGUA